ACAAUAUUAAUCUUUGCUUGCAAUUCACAGCGCUAACUACAUACACUUGGCAACUAUUUCGAGAAGUAUCAUUUUCGGUAGACAACAAGCAAAAUGUUUUACAAAUUACUCAUUCUCACCGUUUUUACCGUCGUACACGUGCAUGCCAUAGGUGAACUCAGAGAUCUGCAUGAGGAGCACGGCCCAGUGGCCUACGAGUUUCAAUAUGAAGUGCACGAUCCACACACCGGGGAUAUUAAGUCACAGAAGGAGGCGCGUAAAGAUGAUCACGUUGUGGGCGUUUACCAGCUUAUUGAACCGGAUGGUCAUCGUCGUAUUGUGCACUACAAAGCCGAUGAUCAUAAUGGCUUCGAAGCGGUGGUCUCUCGUGAACCAACCAAUAUAAAAAUUCCCGUUCCAGAAGUUCAACAUAAGAUUUUGGCACCGACUCUGUUGCAUCAUUGAGGGGAUAUAGAGGAGAAAGUAAAACCACCAUUUUAGCAAUACUCGUUAUGACAGUCAAGUGUGCACAUACAUGGAGAUGUGUUUGAGGAUACGUGGUAGAGAAUGAAAGUUUGCGAAACUCGUUACGUUUACUCACGUUGUUGUAAAUACACUUACAUAUGCAUAUACAUAAUAAUAUUUAAGUCAAAGGA